AUGACAAUAAAAGUAGUCCCUGAUGAAGACCAGACCGAAGCUUCUGAGGUUUACCAAGCACAGCUUGCCCGUCAGAGCAAUUUACGUCCAGAUUGCCAGAGCGAGAAAGAACCUUGGUCGCAUUCGCAGUUCACUGAAGCAGCUGUGAAGAAAGCCAUAGCGCGAAUAUACGCAAAAGCAUCCGCAAUGACAUUGCCCUACUACCAGUACGGGGAGACGGAGGGCGAUAAUUGGGUCAUCAAGUGGAUGCUGUAUCACGUAUGUCGCUACCGUGACAACAGGAACAAGAAGAUACGCGGGCGAGGGCACAACGAUGCUGAGGAAGUUGAGGCCACUUCUCCAAACCCUCCUGGUAGGUUUGCCCCUAGGACUAUGUUCCGCUGCAGAAUAGAGCCACGGAACCAAAGUCUAACGAGUGACGAUUCUUACCAGGAUAUAGCAAACUCAAGUUAUGUUUCCUCAGGAGACUUUAGCGGAGGGUUACUACGAGGUCCUUAG